UUACGUUCGCAACAGAACGAACACAGACCUUCAGACGUGUGUGUGUGUGUGUCCUCCCCACCAUGUCUCUGUGUCGUUCCCUCCGCCCUUAUGCAUUAUGGGCUUGGGUUUGUGUUUACGCGUGGGUCUUCUUCGCCUGUCCAGCUGAUGCCCGUUUUACAGUGUGGUGGAAUUCGCCUACGCAGGAGUGUCAGCAUUUUGGAAUCUAUAUAAACGUUUCACAGUAUGGGAUCGUCCAAAACACAGGCGAUAAGUUCUACGGUGAUAAGGUCACCAUCUUCUACGGCCCCGGAGUUUUCCCAGUUUAUAAGGGCAAUACGCCAGUCAACGGAGGGAUCCCCCAGCGUGGUAAUAUCUCCCUGCAUGUUCGAACCUUCAUGAAGCAGGUCGAAAGCCAAAUGAAACCCGACUUCGAAGGUGUGGCCGUUCUAGACUUCGAGACAUACUAUCCGAACUACGAAAUGAGUCCUGAGCAGUAUAGACACGCCUCCAUUGCCUGGGUUACGUCACGGCAUCCUGAGUGGUCGCCGCAGCUCAUAGCUCAAACUGCCGAGAGGACUUUUAACGACUCGGCUAGGGAGUACUUCCAGCUGCUGUUGUGGGCGGGUGAAAUGCUCCGGCCAAAAGCUCAGUGGGGUUACUACCAUUACCCUUACUGCCAUAACUACGGUCCGGGAGUUGGCGACUGCAAACCCACUGUUAUGAAGAGCAACGAUGAAACCCUGUGGCUCUUCGAAGCUAGCUCGGCCCUGUACCCCAGCAUCUACAUCUUCAAGAACAGUGGGUGGGAUCCGCAAACCCGACGUCUUAAUACCGUGGGGCGUUUGGGUGAGGCCCUUAGGGUUAGGCGCAACGCUGGUAAAGAUAUCCCUAUAUACCCUUACUUCUGGUACAAGUACCACGAUUCUCCCUCGUUCCUGAUACCCAUAGACGUCGUAAAUACACUUGGGUAUUCUAGGAUGUUAGGGCUGGAAGGAGUAGUGAUUUGGGGUUCGAAACGUGACGUCGAUACGAAGGAGAAGUGCAUUGCCAUGAAGAACUACGUGGAAACUGGCUUAGGGUCCCCUGGUUCAGUACAUUAGCAACCUGCCUCUCUCAACCGUACGCUCUGUUAUCAACUCUCGACGUUUUCUGAAGAAGCUGGCAUCCACUGCGCUAAGAGAGGGUCGGAGGAAGAAGAAGAACCUUGGCUAAGAUGUGGUUUAAAAAGGUGUUUUGAGUGAGAGAGAGAAGGGAAAAAAAGGACGAAUUCCUGUUUCUUUUUGGUUGGCGUUUCAUUAUUUUUGUCGUCAUUAUUGGUGUUGAUAAAGUGAGUUACGAUAGGUGUGUGUGUGUGUGUGUGUGUGUGUGUGUGUGUGUGUGUGUGUGUGUGUGUGUGUGUGUGUGUGUGUGUGUGUGUGUGUGUGUGUGUGUGUGCUACAAGAUCUUUGAUAUUUAACAGUAUUUGUUAUGUUAAUGAUUUACAGGUUUCCACUAUAUUCUGAAUAAUAUAUAUUGAUUAUUUUAAUGCAAGGAAUAAUAUUUGCGAUGUCGAAGUUAAAUGAAUUAUCAGAUAAGUAGCA